AUGACUACGGUCCUAAUCACCGGAGCUAGCGGGAAACAAGGUGGCAGCGUCAUCAAGAACCUCCUGGAAAAGAAUGUUCCCUUCAAGAUUUUAGCCUUGACGCGGGAUGCCAAUUCAGAUUCUGCAAAGAGACUCGCUCAGAAAUCCGAAAAUAUCACCCUGAUACAAGGAAAUCUGGACGACCCAGCAUCCAUCUUCGAGAACAUCAAACGUCAAACCUCAACCCCAACCGCGGAUCCCAGAAAAGACACCGAAAGACGCCAAGGAAUCGCCCUGAUAGAUGAAUCCAUCAAACACAAUGUCAAAUCUUUGUCUACAGCUCCGUCAACCGGCACGGAUCUGAUUCAGAUAAAAAUCUGA